AUGGACGCAGAAGAUGGACACGAGUAUGAAUCAUUAGGAGCGAAUUCGACAAUGACACAGAACGCUAUUGCUGGUGCCAUGGCAGGUAUCGGGGAACAUUGCAUCAUGUACCCAGUGGAUAGUAUAAGAACUCGAAUGCAAGUACUAUCGACACCAGAAUUAGGAACAGCCAUCAAGGACGCGUCCAAGAAGCAGUUUAGAAAUCAUAAAAAUCUCUGGAAGGGCGUUUAUUCAGUCAUCAUGGGGGCAGGCCCUGCGCAUGCUGUACAUUUUGCAACCUAUGAAUUCUGCAAAGAGAAUUUCAGCCGACAAUUAUCAGCGAAUACCAAGAUUCGAGCUCCCGGUAGCUCUUUUGAGAUAUCCAACCAGUUGAUAGCAUCCGGUGCAGCUGGCGCUAUUGCGACAUUUGCGCACGAUGCACUCAUGACACCAUUUGACGGCAAGUAG